UCAGUGGCAACACUGGCCCCAGCCUUGUAAUAUGGCCGCUACAGGCAAGAAAUCCAAGAAAACAAAAUGGAUCAAAGCAGACGCCACAAACUUCAUUGCGGAGUCAACUACGAUCCCUACUGCGAACAAUUGGGCCGACUCUGUAGAUGAAGAACAGAGCACCUACUCAUCGUCACAGCGGCACCGCGCGCCCGUAGUGCUUCCGUCAGCCUCGCGCGCCGCCCGCGGAGGCCUGGCCGUCGACGAUGAGUCCAUCCCGCGCCGCCCGCCCUUCAUCGCGCAUAUCUCCAACCUGCCCUACGAUGUCGAGGAGAGCGCGAUCAUGGAGCUCUUCGCGGGACUCAAGAUCAAUAACUUGAGACUGCCAAAGGAGAGUGGGCGUCUCAAGGGCUUUGGAGAUGUAGAUUUUGAGGACAGAGAGAGUCUUGUCAGUGCUAUGAACAUGCCUGACUUGUUAGUUGGCGGAAGAAGGAUCAGAAUUGAGGUGUCCACACAAGACAAUGAUCGCCGAAUGGGCAGAGGUGGCAGGAACGACAGAGACAGGGAGUACGAUCCAGAGCGUACGAUGGGCGAUUGGCGAUCGGGACCGCGCGCCGUGCCGGUGCGAGAACGCGAUGGUCCACGAGAACGCGACAGAGACCGCGACCGCGACCGUGAACGAGACUCGAGCGCGGACAAUAAGCCGGGAGGGUGGCGAGAUGCGGAGCGGCCAGAGGCCGCGCGCGCGCCCUACGGUGGACGGGACUCCUAUGGCAGAGACCGGGAGCGGGACGGCAUGGCGAGCGCGGACAAUAAGCCGGGAGCAUGGCGCGACGCGGAGCGGCCCGAGGCCGCGCGCGCGCCCUACGGUGGACGGGACUCCUAUGGCAGAGACCGGGAACGAGACGGAGGCCGGGAGCGCGGCUACGGCGGCCGCGACGGUUUUCGCACCGCUGAUAACCGAGAGGGGGGAGGGGGCGGAUUUGGUAAUCGUGAAAGCAGAGGUUUUGGAGGACGAGGCUUUGGUGACAGGGAGCGAGACCCACCCAGAGAAGAUAGCAAGCCUCGUGAGCGUCCGAAGUUGAACCUCCUACCGCGAACGGUGCCGCGGGAGUUAGAAGCACCCACGAAACCAGCGGACGGAGCACCAUUGGACGAUAAAGUUCCUGAAAAGGUUGUGCCCAAGCCUGUGCCGGCUGAAAAGGUGUUCGGAGCGGCCAAACCUGUUGAUACCGCUGCCAAGGAACGCGAAAUUGAGGAACGUUUAAGGAAACAAGAAGAGGAAGCAAGGAAAGCUGCGGAAGAGAAGGAACGCUGGGGUCGCAGGAAUGAUCAUUCCGGUGACCGUCGUGGUGGCGCAAGACGAGAUGACCGCGACCGCGGCCGCGACUCUCGAAGUUAUAAUAGAGACCGACGCGACGACGAUAGACGCGACUAUUCGAAAGACGACAGAGACAAACGUGACUAUUCAAAGGACAGUAGCGAUCGACGCGAUUAUUCACGCGACGACAGGGACCGACGCGACAGAGACGACAGCCGACGCGAUAGGGACGAUAGAGACCGACGCGACAGGGACGACAGAGACCGACGCGACAAGGAGGAUAGAGACAGGCGCGACAGGGACGAUAGAGAUCGCCGUGAUAGAGAUGAUAAGGAUAAACCCGAUGACAGAGACAGGCGCGACUACAGGGACGAUGACAGACGUGACGGGGAAGUUGACAGACGUGACAGGGACGACGAUAGACCCGUAAGAGAUGACGAUAGGCGCGACAGGGACGCUGAAGAUAGGCGAGAUCCCUCGCCGGAGAAGAAAGACGAUGAAGCGCAGCGCAAUGGUCGCCACAGUCGCAGUCGCGACCGCACCGACGCCGAGGAUAGACCCAUGCCCAAGUUGAAGGAGCAAGAAAAACCGAACUUCGUAGCAUCGAAUAAAUUCAGCUUCCUCGAAGACGCCGACGACGGCGGGUCCGACUAACGAGCGAUACUGACUCGCUCCUAAUAACAUUACAACGUAACAGUUGACUUUGACUCGAGUGUGAAGUGAAAAAAAAUUGCGAGUAACAAGUGAUUAAAGUUAAACUAAACUGUUCAGAGACUGUGCUAUGUUAUAGAACUCAUUAUAGUGCGGCGUGGUUUGUCCCCGAGGACUUCAUUGCGGCCGAUGCUGACGUCGCUGCGAGGGCGGCCCCAGCCUCUACUGUGACACGCCUUACGCGUCACGAAACUUAGAAACGAUUACAGUUUUAUACUAAACGAGAACUAAGCACAAAGUUUGACCAAUGAAACAAAAUCUUGAAAAUGAAACUUAACUAAAAAUGAACUAAUAAAAAAUGUAAUUCUUUGACGCUUUAAGGCAUUGUUUAUUUAUAAAAUAACUAGUAAAAAGAAAUGAAAAAUAGUAUACUGUCAUUGUCUCAACUUAUAUUUUAGAUGUCCUUUGCUGGAUGAAGGUCUUAAAACUCUGUCUUUUACUGCUUGUAUCCAUCUACCUUUUAGGGGUUUUCCAAUGUUGUUAAUAAAUUUUAAAGUAUUGAAAUACAACAUUUAAUCAUCAUAGAGUGGUUUGAAUGAGAAACAUUCAAUUGAAUAAAUAUACAAGCUAUCUACAUGUAAAAUGGUUUCAGAGUAAAAUGUUGACAUUAUAAUAUUAUCAAGUGGUGAUAAAAUUCUGCCUUUGAAUAAAUUACCUAUUUGCCUGGAUGACUCGACUAGAAAAAGAGUAGGAUCAAGUAAUUGUGGUCAUCUUUUAUGCCUUGUUAUCAAAAGCAUUAAAAACCUGACUGGUCUUGGAUACCAUCAGAUUCUUAUGUACCCUGAAGGUAAUUAGAAGUUUGUAACUUGAUGUUUCUUAUAAGUUACAUUAAUAGUUAAGUAACUAUUAUUAGUUAUACUUGCAUUUUCUGCACUGAGUCCAUAUCAGUCAUAUGGACUCAAUAAAAAUGAUAAAGCAAUGUGUAAGAAAUACAUAAAACAGACUCAAUAGUUUCAAUUUUCGUGGCGUGUAUUGUAAAGCUGUAUCUAUCAAGCUUCUUCACCCUAGCCAAUCUCAUUUCGUUCCUAAAUUAUUCAACUCACUUCUCAAUGCAGCGUACAAAGCUAUCACAGUUCAGGCUGGGGCUCGCAACCGUGUACUGAUUGGUGUAAAUUUUUCUAUGGGUUUGUUACAUUGUAGUAUUUACAAGUCAUUCGGAAAGUGUGUCGUAACCCAAAAGGGGAGUCAUUAUACUCAUUCUUAUAAACAACUUUUGGACCAAACCUUACACUGAGUUCUAUAUACUGAACUUACUCUUGGUCCAGAUUUAAGCUGAGAUUUCCAGACUGUAUUUUUACUUUGCUCAGACUUUUAGAGUUAUGCAAGAGACAUAACUCAGUCUAGAAGUAAAGUCUGAGCUAAUUCAAUGUACACUGUAUAGAUCACAGCCACUGAGUUAAAAUAAGACAGAUUCAUGUAAGAGACAUAACUCUGUCUCGUUUUAACUGUCUUAAGUCUGAUCUAAUCAAAGUAUUGUCUAUCGAUCUGUGAUAAAAAGAUACUGUUCCACAAUAAAAUGAAGUGACCAAAAAUUUUUCACAAAGGUCCAGACUCCCAUAGUUUUUUUUUAUAUAAUGAUGAGUACAAUUACCCCUCUUUUGAGUUAGGAUCCAUGUUUUAAAUGGCCUUGUAUAUGUGGGUUUAUAUAUUAAACGAUUGUCCGAGAGCAUUCAAUGCGAAUUAUUCCUAUAAAUAGUUUUUUAGUUAACAGGGACACGGUUCUCUAUGAUAUUGAAAUUGUCACAGCAUUUUAGGGAUGUGACAUUUUAACAUAUACAAGAUAUGUCAAGUUUGACAAAUGUUGGGCUAAUGUGUCCUAGGCUCCUAAGAUUUUAAUGUCAUAGUGAAUAAGAGGCCUCACAACUGGUACAGGUGCUCUCGUUUAUAUGUAUAAUCCUUUUGUGAAUAAUUAUUUAUAUUUUUAACUGAUAUUGUUGAUUGAGGUCUUAUAUAUUACUUUUCAAUUUAUAUGGAACAAUUGAUUCAUUGCCACAGGAAAUGUAUUUUUUUUUUAGAAUAUGUCUAUACCUAAAUAUUUAGUCGAUUUAGAAUAAUAUUAGAAUGUUAAUUGUAUUAUUUAAUGUUACACAUACGCCGAAUUCAUCAGGUCAAGUGCUAUUUGGAGCGCAAUACUUAGAAUGCGCAUACUGCCAUAGUGUGCCUGCAUUGAUUAAAAAAAAAUAGUUAUGUAUGAAAUUGAAAGUACCUAAUAAGAAAAAUUGGGUCCGGUCACAAGAUAUACCACUGUUCUAAAGUAUAUCAAUAUAUAUAUAUUUUUUUUUGUUUGUAAAAUCUUCAGAAUUUGUUUGGUAGGUAUGUAUUGUCUUAUUGUGAAUUAUAAAUAAAUUACUCUUUUACAGCCAA